UCUCUUAGUUAUCCUGUGGUGACAUGUCUUUAUGGAUGUAAACUUCUGAUUAUUGGUUGUAUUGCACACGAGUUUCUCAUUUUUCUUCUUCUUGAUUGCUUGAAAUAAACCAUUUCUAAUCUAAUCUAAUAAUGUUUCAUUCCCCCCCCCCCCCAUCAUUCUACAGCAAUGGAAUAUCCCAUCAAGUUGAAGCAUAGAUAUUGGAGUGAUGGUGAAAAUUAUCAUUAUCAUUAUAAUGGUGCAAUAAAAUAAGAAAAAAAAAUGAAAACCAACAUUCUAGCAGUGUAAGUUAAACACGAAAAACAAAAGUAAUGUGCAGGAAGACAGUAAAACUGGAAAAAGAACAAAAUCAAAAGAACUCAAGAGGAUAAAGAAAGUAAUUCAUUAUAUAAUUCUUUUUUUUCUUCUUAAAAUGGACUAAUCCAUAGUGUCCUGUUUUGUUCCACCAUUGAAGUAAUCAUUCAAUCCUUGCAGAAAACCCCAUGUUAUUGGUCACCUGAGGCCCCCCAAACUGCUAGGUACGCCCCUGCUCAAAACUACUUAACUGAAAAAUUGCUUACAGAACUCCCUGAAAACUCAAAAUUCACACUUAAUGUGUGGAGACGUAUUUGCAAAUUGAUCAUUAAAAGACAAAAUGUGGCAGGAAAAAUGCUAUAGCAUCUAAUUUUGUGUAAAAUUUAACAUUGCAUUAAAAAAAUAAUAGAAUAAAGUGCACAAAAUAACUUUUUACGUAAUAAAAGCGUGUCCUGUAGACUUGCAGCUCAUCUGGAUUCACAAAAAAGAAGAAUUUUCACAAUAAUGACGAUGAUAGAAUAAGUGAUGCUUUUGUGGUGCGGAGGUGAGGGGAGUUGUGUUGUUUUUCUUUGCCAGUCUCCUCCUCACAGCCAAUAGUAAGUUCGGAUCGACUCCCCUCUUCUUUUUUUUCCCCUGCUCCUUCUCUCCCUCCUCGUGCUGUCCUCCCCGUGCACGCGCGUGGUACCCACGGUCGUGAGGAGGAGGAGGAUGUUGCGCGUGAAGGGGAAAUGGCUGCCGAAAACAAGCCGGAAGGACUGAAGAAAGUUCGUAAUCCGGAUCGAAUGUACAGAUCAGCAGUGUGUUAUGCUGGCCACGGUCCACCUAAGAGUAUCAGUGAUGACACAGAGACGAACAAUGAACAUGGACAUUUGAAAAUAUACCUACCCAAGAAGCUGCUUGAAUGUCUACCAAAAUGCACGUCGCUGCCAAAGGAGAGACACCGGUGGAACACUAAUGAGGAAAUUGCAGCUUACUUGAUAACAUUUGAAAAGCAUGAAGAAUGGCUAACGACAUCCCCUAAAACAAGGCCUCAGAAUGGGUCGAUGAUACUCUACAAUAGGAAGAAGGUGAAGUACAGAAAAGAUGGCUACUGCUGGAAGAAAAGAAAAGACGGGAAGACCACGCGGGAGGAUCACAUGAAGUUGAAAGUGCAGGGAGUCGAGUGUCUGUAUGGCUGUUACGUCCACUCCUCCAUCAUCCCCACCUUCCACCGUAGGUGCUACUGGCUGCUCCAGAACCCCGAUAUCGUCCUCGUCCACUAUUUGAAUGUCCCAGCCAUCGAGGAUUGUGGGAAACCAUGCGGGCCAAUACUGUGCUCCAUCAAUACCGACAAGAAAGAAUGGGCCAAGUGGACCAAGGAGGAGCUGAUUGGCCAGCUCAAGCCAAUGUUUCAUGGCAUCAAGUGGACUUGCAGCAAUGGGAACAGCAGCUCUGGCUUCUCAGUGGAGCAGCUAGUGCAACAGAUUCUGGACAGCCACCAAACUAAGCCACCUCCCCGGACUCACAACUGCCUCUGCACUGGUACCCUGGGUGCUGGGAGCAGCGUACACCACAAAUGUAACAGCGCCAAACACCGCAUCAUCUCCCCUAAAGUAGAUGCCCGCUCUGGAGGCUACAGCAAUGCACACUCUGAGGUCCAAAACAAUGACGUGUCAGAGGGCAAGACCGAGCACAAUGCCCAUGGGGGCAGCAAAAGCUCUGGGAGUGGAGGUGGAGGGGGCAGCGCCAGGGAGAAACGCAACGGCAAAGUCCACAAGCCUGUCCUGCUGCAUCAGAACAGCACAGAAGUGUCAUCCACCAACCAGGUGGAGGUCCCCGACACCACGCAGAACUCCCCUGUCUCCAUCAGCAGUGGCCUCAAUAGUGAUCCAGAUAUGGCCGACAGCCCUGUGGUGACAGGAAUGAGCCACGUGGCCUCGGUGAUGUCCAGCCUGUCCCAGAGCGUGUUCAUGUCUGAGGUCCCUGGAGACCCUGUCUACAGCAUGUCUCCUACUGGGGGUCCCAACACUCAUCUGAUGGGUCCCGAUGCCGCUUCACAGGGCUUGGUGCUGUCUGUGAACCCUGAUCGGCACAAAUUUGCCUUCCCUGGUGGAGGAGGAGUGGGGGAACCCGGAACGACCACAGCAGGAAAUAGCCUGUCCAUGUUGUCCAGCGCUGGGGUGUCGGAGGAACUGGUGCUAAGCAGCAGUCUGGACUCUGGAACCAUAAAGAUCCCAGAGACUAGCAUGAACUUUGACCCGGACUGCUUUCUAAACAAUCCCAAACAAGGCCAGACCUAUGGGGGCAGUGCAAUGAAGACAGAGGGCAACUCCUCCUCAGCCUCUUCUGGAGGGAGCAGUAAUACCAAUGGCAACAUGCAGCGCUCCCCCACCAUGUCGGACAAUGGCUACACUUUCAGCUCAGCUCUGGUGAAGAACAUCAAGACAGAAGAUACUUCCUUUGAGCAGCAUCUGGCCAAAGAGAGUGGCUACCAAGUGGGUGGAGUAGUAAACUGUGGAAGUGGAGUCUCUGUGCCAUCUGGUGGGACCUCAGGCCAGGGCAACCUCGGUUUAACUGCAGCCGGUUCUUUGCUUCCCUCUGGUGGGGGUCUCAGCCCCAGCACCACCUUGGAGCAAAUGGACUUCAGUGCCAUUGAUGCCAAGCAAGACUACACAUCUGGUGCUACCACAGUGAGCUACGGUCAGGCCCUGCCCAGUCCUCACAUGCAACACCAAAACCGCUCACCCAGCUUCUUCCUCCAGGAUGCUUCUCAAACCAGCCAGAAUCAACAGGGGAGGCCCGGCAUGGGACAGAAAACACACAUGAUGGAGCACAACUCCCACGACUCCGGAGCUUACAUGGGGCUGCAGGUGGUAAAAUCGGACUCUCCCGGCAGCAACGGACACCUUCAUCACCACCAUCAGGCUCAUCAGGCCCAGCACAGAACCAACUGUAACGGAGGCUCACCCACAGAAGGACCAGGUCAGGCCGGGUCCCUGCAGCUGUUGCAGUACCAGGGCAGCUUUCCAGGACUGGGCACUGAGCAUGAGGAGGUAGUUGGUUUAGAGCAGCCUGGCAGCGUGGGUUCAGGUCAAGCUGGAGCCUCAGAGAGCGGAGCUGAGAAUCUGCUCAAGCCAACAGAUCACAUUCAAGCCUGUGGAGCUGGAAAUGGAGAGGGAGGUGGAGCAGAGCACUACCUGCAACAAGCAUCGGACAGUGGUGGGGUGGGGACAGGAAAUGCCGGUGAAGGAGUAGCUAUUCAUAAUGGAAAUAACAACAGUGAUGGCAGCAACCGCACCCAGCAGCAACAACAGCUCCAGCCUCUUCUCCAAGGCACAAGCAUGGUCCAAGGACUGUAUAAUGCAGUAGGAACCCACCAAAGCUUGGGUGGAGCGGCCAGUAAUGGAGGCGCAGGAGGAACGGGCAUGGAGAUCAGUCUGGACCAUUUCGACAUAUCAUUUGGAAACCAGUUCUCUGACCUGAUCAAUGACUUCAUCUCAGUGGACGGCAGCGGAACUGCCAUGUCGACUGCAGGUGCCCUGUACGCUCACCAGCUGGUCACGUCACACAGCUCAGAAAAUCAGGGCACAGCAGGUGGACCCCCCCAGCAGGGCCAGGAGGAUGGAGGGGCCAGAGGAUCUGGCUACAGCCCCUCGGAGCUCUGCCUUCAACCCUGCUGCAGCCCCCAGUCUUUGGGAGGGGGGGCUGGGGCAGAAGGGAACACGGGAGAAGCAGGAUCGCUGUCCUACAUGAAUGUUGCAGAGGUGGUUUCUGCAGCUGUUGCCCAGGGGGCUCUGGGGAUGCUGCAGGCCACGGGGCGCCUCUUCAUGGUCACUGACUACUCCCCUGAGUGGUCCUAUCCUGAGGGUGGAGUGAAGGUGCUGAUCACUGGUCCCUGGCAAGAAGCCAGCUCAAACUACAGCUGCUUGUUCGACCAGAUCUCUGUCCCAGCAUCUCUCAUCCAGCCGGGGGUGCUGCGUUGCUACUGCCCAGCUCAUGACACCGGCCUGGUGACACUGCAGGUGGCCAUCAGUAACCAGAUCAUAUCCAACUCUGUGGUGUUUGAGUACAAGGCUCGUGCUCUUCCAUCACUGCCAUCAUCUCAGCACGACUGGCUGUCUCUGGAUGACAACCAGUUUAGAAUGUCUAUCCUGGAGCGCUUGGAGCAGAUGGAGAGAAGGAUGGCAGAGAUGGCCAGCCACCAGCAGUCGAGCAGUGCAGGGAGUGGUGGAGCUGGGGGAGGAACAGGAGGAGGAGGCAGUGGGGGAGGAGGUGGUGGGGGAGGAAACAACAGCCAGUCACAGUGUAUAUCUGGGCAGAUUCAGGCCAGCAGUUCCUUCGAGAGCCGCGUGGUUGUGGUCUGUGAGAAGAUGAUGAGCAGAGCUUGCUGGGCCAAGUCCAAACACUUAAUCCACUCCAAGACCUUCAGAGGAAUGACCCUCCUUCACCUCGCCGCCGGACAGGGCUACGCCACCCUCAUUCAGACACUCAUCAAGUGGCGCACAAAGCAUGCUGAUAGUAUUGACCUGGAGCUGGAAGUGGACCCUCUUAAUGUGGAUCACUUUUCCUGCACACCUUUGAUGUGGGCGUGUGCUCUGGGUCACCUGGAGGCAGCGGUGGUGCUGUAUAAAUGGGACAGACGUGCCCUAGCCAUCCCGGACUCUCUGGGUCGCUUACCCCUGUCAAUCGCGCGCUCUCGCGGGCAUACUAAAUUGGCUGAAUGUCUGGAGCAGCUACAGAGGGAAGAGCAGCAACCCCCGGGCCCUCUGCCCCCCACAACACGCAUGUCUUUCUCCCCGGCCCCUGAUUCAGCCACGACAGACAGCUGGAUGGCCAGCUGGGCGAGUGACAGUAUCGUAGCACCGAGUGGCAAGAAAGGAGCUCCAACCACCACAACAACCAUGUCCAGUACCACCAGCUUAAACCCAGACUUGAGAAGGCCCAGGUCCGAGCCUUCAAACUACUACAGCAGCGAGGGCCAAAGAGACCUCCCACUAGCCAAAAAACACAAACCCAACCCGGAGCUGUUCCACACCCGGCCUGACAAGGCUGCAUCUGUUCCUCUGAGCCUAGAGCAACAACAACUCAACAAGCUAUCCCCUUCCACAAAGAGCCUGUCCUCAGAAGGCCUGAGCGCAGACAAAGGCCACCCCACAGGAGGCAGCACUGGAACAUCUAGAUGGACCUCCAGAGAGAGCUUUUCCUGUAGCAACUUGGGGAAGAAGGUGUUGGGGAUCAGUGGAGGCAGUAGCCUGGGGAGGGAGAAACUGGCCAACCGCCUGCGGCAGCGAGAUCAGCUCGGCAUGCUGGUAAUGACGGACAGAGAAAUGGCUGAUUCUGAGCUUCUUUCGUAUCGAGAGGAUCUAGAAAACCAGGCCUGUCUCACACAGAUGGAUGACCUGCAGGCAAAUAUGAUGACCCUGGCAGAGCACAUCAUUGAAGCAACGCCAGAGAGAAUCAAAAGGGAGAACUUUCCCACUACGGAAUCUGUGCCCUUAGAUACAUCAGGGGUCAGCAACACCAUGAGCUGGCUCGCAAACUACCUGGGAAACGUGGAGCAGUUGCCAAGCAUUGUUCAUCUACGGCCUCUGUACAAUGAGCCUCUGACUCCGUCCUCCAACCCUAGCUUGAGUCCUGGGGGGUCUCCAUUGGGAGAAGGGACUCUGGACAGGUCGGCGGUCCCUUCUCCAGCAGACUGGAGUGAAUUCAUCAACGCUUCCAACAGCAAGGUGGAGCGAGACCUGGCCCAGUUGACUCUGUCUGACCCGGAGCAGAGGGAGCUGUAUGAGGCUGCCCGGCUAGUUCAAACUGCCUUCCGCAAGUACAAGGGGCGGCCUCUCAGAGAGCAACAGGAAGUAGCAGCUGCAGUAAUACAACGGUGUUACAAGAAAUAUAAACAGCUAACAUGGAUAGCCUUGAAGUAUGCACUUUAUAAGAAGAUGACGCAGGCCGCCAUCCUUAUCCAGAGUAAAUUCCGCAGCUACCACGAGCAGAAGAAGUUCCAGCAGAGCAAGAGGGCUGCUGUACUCAUUCAGCAAUACUACCGCAGCUAUAAAGAGUUUGGCAGGCUGAAGCCGCGCCACAACGGGGCUGCUGCCACCCUGGUGCAGCACAAACUGAGAGGUAGUCUGCUCACAAAGAGGCAGGAUCAGGCUGCCAGGAAGAUCAUGAGAUUCCUGCGACGUUGCCGCCAUAGCCCCUUGAUGGACCAUAGACUGUUCAAGCGGGGUGAAAGAAUUGAAAAGGGCCAGGGAACAUGAGACCCCUCAGAAGAGCCCCCUUGCGAUGUGACAUCACUCUCCUAACUCCUCUUUCCACCCUUUUUUUUUGUUUCAACCUAAGACAUUUUACAAGAGAACAAAAAAAAACAUCAAUACAGACACUGUAGUUAUUACUUCUAUAGCAGUGUUACUGGUUCGGCUAGUAUUACAUCUUCAUGUUUUUUUCUACUUUUCUGUUUUUCCAUGUUCUUUCCACUGACUUGAUUUUGCUGGGAGAGUGGCAACUUCUUCUACGGGAUUACAAACUGAGACGAUAGGGGAGGGGGACAUUUGCUUCGGUGGCAUUUUUUGCACUUUUUUUCAUGGAUUGCUUCGCUCUUUUUGGAUAUAUAUAUAAAUAUAUAUAUAAAAAAAUAAUAAAAACGUUCUGGACUGUGCAGAAAGGUGACACAGAACAGGGUGGGUCUGUCAAGACGGGAGGACCUCAAAGGGACGCAGCAGAAGAUCUCAGAGGACAAACAUACCAUGCAGAAACAUUCUGGGCUCUAACUGUGUUUCCAUGAGUACUUUUUUUUAAGGUGACAAACCAUUUCAUUAUAAAAAAUAAACUAAACAAAAAGAGACUUUUUUUGAGCAAAUAUAUUGAUAACUCCCACGCCGACUGCUGUCAACUGUAUGAUAUUCAGUUUAGCUCCUUUAGCUCCGCCUGUCCUCCUGUGCGCCCCACCAGUCUGCCCACACGAGUGGAGCUACAAUUGAAUGUAGUGGGGUGGAAACACGCAGAGGCAAACUUUGGAUGAAAUAUUUAUGUUUUCUUGAAAGAAUAAGAAUAUGCUUUAUUGUAUAUAAAUAUUGUCACUUUACUUGAAUUUGUUCCAUAUUGUUCAAUGUAUUUCUCCCAUCAUGUCCGAUGUAUUGGUGAUCUGUAUCUCCAGGCUAUAUGUUGUUAAAUUCUACAAAGAAAAAAUGCAUGACUUGUUGUCAAGAAAAGUCUUUGCUUGUGUACUUAUGGUCUAGUCUCUCAGCCUAUCCUUUGUUUUUCACUUUUUCAUGUUUCCAUGCUCUCCUGCGUGAGAGCCUGUCUCAUUUUGUUUCUUUUACCCCCGUUUUCUUAGCCAAUGCCCCCCUCCGCCCCACUGAAACACCACAAAAGAACUUGCCAAUUUUGUGUUCAGGUCAUGCAGGUUAUUUUUUUUCUUUCUUCUUUUACAUGAACUUCAAAGCCUCGUGUUGGCUUUUGAGGGGAAGAUCACAUACAUUGCCUUGACGUCUUAGAGAUUCUUUGAGGGGUCCCUAAGCUUGUCCCAAAAUAGGGGUUUGACAAAUCCAUAUUUUUGACAAUUGAGUGAUUUCUGUAUAUAAAGAAGGCUGAAAGUACGUAGGUAAAAAAAAAAAAAAA